AUGCCAACUCUCUUUCGUCACACCAGUAGUAUAAUCUGCUUUUUCUGUAGGUCUACCAUCAAGCCUGCACCGCCAGAUCAACGAUCUUUUCGUUGUCCGCACUGUGACUGUUGGAACCGCUAUGAUGCGAACGGCGAAAUCAUGUCAGAUGAACCUGCCAUGCAUGAUGAAUCCCUGAACUCAAAGUCUUUUGCCAAACGAGCCUCUCCCAGCAAAGACCGCCUGCCAUCCAUGUACGGAACCGGUCAGUUUUGUCAUACAUGCCAGACAAACCAAAUGCUCUUGGUCAACCUUCUCUCAAACUACCUACCGCCACCACAUCAUCCGGACUACGCACAUCGUUUGGAGAAACUUCCAGAAUAUCGUGAAUCGUUGCACGUCCGAUAUCCUCCGGUGUGUGCCAACUGUAUGCCUGCUGUCGAAGAGGAGAUUAGAAAGAAAGAUCACAUGGCUCGGACAAAGGCCUUGGGCGGGUGGUUAAAUGACAGUAGAGGCAAGGAGAAGCAGAAACAAGUUUCGGGAUCCAACAGGGAAAGGGAAAAACUUCAGACUCAUUUGUUUCUGUGGAGACUAAGAGGGCUUCUGUGGUUUAUGACGUUAGCGGUGGCUGUUGUCGUUCACUCAUCUGUCAUCUUAAAAUUCCAUUUUCCCGAUGUACUAGGUCAUGUGCGACAGGCUCUUCCUCUUAUCGCUCUAUGUAGUCUAUUUUGGACUGCAUGGGACCCGACAUACUACUCCUUCAGGAAGGCGCGAAUGCAAGGUCGUGAUAUCCGCGUUCGGGGCAAGAAACAUUACAUUAUUCUGCAAAUGACCGCAUGGUUCUCCAGAUUGCUCUCGUCUAUUCUUCUCACACUAGCAUUGUACUCGCCUUCUCGGGACUACUUGCAUUUUUCGCGAUAUCCGAAUUCAUCACGAACGCAUUACUAUUGUCUAAUAUCACUCAUCGCUGAAGUUUCCAUCUUUGCUACCUCAUUCGUCGCGCUGCGUGUACAGAAACCCCCGCCAAUUCGCUUGAUUGAUACCUCUAGUCACCAGCAUCUAGCCGCCUCUCCACAUCCUACGCCUGAACUCUCUCCUCGUCCUUCGCCUGCACCCCACACGCGAACCGCUAGCGAACCAGACCUCCUCGCAUCACUCUCACUCUCAUCAAAUCCCAUAAUCUCACCUAGUAACCCGAUAUUCGGCCUUCCUUCUCUCAUGGCAUCCAACUCCACGUACACAGGCUCUCAAACGAAAGAUGAAGACGACGAUGACGAUGCUAUGGACUGGACCCCUACGGUUCCUUCUCCCGUAAAGCCGAGGAAUAUUCUUCAUGACGAUGAUGAUGGUUCGUGGGUCAGGCCACAGCGCUUCUUCCCUCCAGAACGGCCUACGGGCCUGGAGUCCUUGUUCGCAAGUACCAAAUUGGACGAUAGAGAUCAGAAGCCUUCGUCUGAUGCACAUCCCACGCAUAUACGAACUACCCUACGUCUGUUUGUGACACGCUGGUGGUGGACAGGUGCUGCGUUGAUCCUCGUCCCUCUCGCCGCUUUAGGGUUCAAUUUCUUGCAAGAAAUGCAAACGACGCGAAGGAAAUUGACCUAA